UUUACAGGUAUUAUUUGAUGUUGAUGACGAAAAUCUUUCGCUUACUGGCUUAGAGUUCUGCUAAAAGAAACUAAAUGGUGCAGGUGAAUUCUGAGAGAAAAAGUCAUUGGAAUCAGCCAACAAGAAGAAAAUACUGUCAUGAAUAUUCCACUGAUCAUUUUCCUGGUGAUGCUGGGAUGCUGCUCCAAUGUUGUAUUUUUGGAGUGUUUGACCAAGGUUCAUCCAGGCUGUGGAAAUUUGGUCACAUUUUCUCAGUUUCUUUUUAUUGCCUUGCAUGGUUUUAUCUUCACCAUGAGGUGUGGCAAAGAGCAGUCCAAAAUCCCUUUAAGAGAGUACAUCAUUAUGGUCUGCUUGUUCUUUGGCUCCAGCGUUCUCAACAACUAUGCAUUGAACUUUGGGAUUCCAAUGCCUCUGCACAUGAUCUUCAAAUCGGGCUCGCUGGUGGCCAACCUGUUCAUGGGAAUGGUGGUGCUACGCCGCUUCUACCCGCGUCACAAGUACGCCGCCGUGGCGCUGGUCACCGUCGGAAUCAUACUGAGCACCAUAGCCUCCCAGUCGGUGAAAUCUGCCGAGAAGCCGGCGGCGGAGGGUCCGACCAAAGCGCCCCCUUCCGGUCUGGACCGGAGCAGCCCGGCCACCCUGGCGCUCGGCGUGGCCAUCCUGACGGCAGCGCUACUGCUCGCCGCCCGGCUGGGUAUCUUUCAGGAGGUGCUGUACCGCGACUACGGCCGACACUCGCAGCAGGCUCUCUUCAUCACGCACACUCUCCCCUUGCCGCUGUUCGUGCCGCUGCUGCCGGACAUCUACCACCACGCCCAGCUGUUCAGCCAGUCGGAGCCCGUCCUGCUCGCACCGUUCGGGGCCGUCCCCAAGCUGUGGCUGCUGCUCGGAUGCAACGUCGUCACUCAAUACCUCUGCAUCAGCAUGGUGUUUCGGCUGACGGAGCAGUGCACCUCUCUUGUCGUCACGCUGGUCGUCACACUCCGUAAGUUUGCCAGUCUGCUCUUCUCCAUCUGGUACUUUUCGAACCCGUUCGUGGCGCAGCACUGGCUGGGCGCUGCGCUCGUACUCGCCGGGACACUGCUGUUCACUGAUCCGUGUGGGAUGUUCGCCGUACAGACAAUUAUCUAGACGACAACGCGACAACUAGCUAGAUAGCUACCCCGUAAACUAGCUAUACUGCCACACCAGUAAGUAGUUAGAUGGCUGCCGUGGUAACUAAAUAGAAGGUUACCCCGACAACUAGCUAUAUAGCCAUCCUGCCAUCUAGCUAGCCGCGAUACGACCCCUAGCUAGCCACAAUGUGGCUUUUAGCUACCCACCGCGGCCCCAGCUAGCCACGGUAAGGUCUCCAGCUAGCCAAAGCAGCUCCCAGCUAGCCAACGCCUUAAAAACGAAGCUAAAAACGAAACGGUCUCAAACUAGCCACCAUGGUCCCCAGUUAGCUGCGCUGCAGCCAGGCGACGGCCCUCGACCAGUGCAGUGUGUAUACGAGACUUGUUGGUGACGGUGUGUUUGUCUCGAGACGGGUGUAUUUAUGUUAAUAUUUGCGCGUAUUUUGCGGCAUUUUUUACAUGUUGUUUAUACUCUGUGCCAUGCGCCAGUUUGUGUGCCAGUGUGCUUUCUAAAUGUAGUGUGUGGUGUUGGCAUGGGCAUUGCAAGCGCAAAAGUGCAUGUAUGCGUUUUUUCAGCUAAGGGCUUUAUCUUGUAUGAUCAGCCAGUGGGAUGGUUUCUAGCGGCUCCUGCUGGCUAGUUCUGAACGGGGAGAGGUUUUCUGUGUGAGACCAUUCCGUGGGUAGGCGCGUUCGACCAGGUCCGGUUGUGAUGGCUAGGAGGUCCAGGCUGUUGUUCCGUCCGGUUUGGGUUGUCAUACGCUGUGUGCUCGUGGGAUGUGAAGGUGGACACUCCGCCUUGCUCCGCCAUCUGUGCGGUGCGGCGGAACGGGUUACCGUUGACUGGCCAGUGUAACGCCGGGUAUGUGGCCGUGGGAUCGGUCCCCGCUCAGUCCCGCAGCGACUCUGACGACCCAAUGCCACGCCGUCGGUUGUCGGUAAUCGUUCCCGGUGCCGGUUAUCAUACAGGGUGCUCAAUCGCGAGCUUGUUGCGGGUGCGACCGUGUCACCGUGGUCUAUUUUUCUGUACAGGGUGACGCCAUAACUGCUUUCAUAAUGCUGUGCUGUUUUUGUAACAUAGGGUUAGUCUAGCUGCCAUUCAGUAGGAUGAUUAACAGCCACAGAACAUUUUAACUAGGCUAGUGUGCAUGUAUUCAUGCACUGAUUUCCGUGUAUCAUGCCAGUUUAGUUCAAAUACUUCCAAGUGUACAAAUGCUUCCUUUUUUAGCCUUUGUAGAUAUACUGCAAGUUAUACCAGCGGGAACACUUGUAUCUUGGUACAUUUGCUGUGCGUGGUUUUUCUCUAUUUAUGAUUUUAUCAUGAUCUUAAUACACGAUUUCCCCUCAGACCUUAUAUAUAAGAAUAACGAGUGCU